AAUCCGGGUAUCAAAAAAAGUUUUACCGAUCCGAUGAAUGAUGAAUCCCCACAGGUAACGCUCCCAGACUCCCCCAAAAACCUCCCCUUCGUGCUCGCCGGUAAUCGACGAUCACCGUCGCCGAAGCCUCCGACUGAUAACCCUCACGUCUCCGACCAAAAGAUUAAAGAAAAAAAUGGAUGAAGAAUUGUUGGAAUUGCAGCGACAGUUCGAGUUCGCUCAACAAGCCAAGUCCAGCAUCCGCCUGUCCGAUCGAAACGUCGUCGAAUUGGUCCAGAAGCUCCACGACCUCCGCAUCAUCGACUUCGACCUCCUCCACACCGUCUCCGGCAAAGAAUACAUCACUCCCGAGCAAUUGAGUCUUGAAAUUGUCGCGGAGAUCGAGAAAUUAGGGCGCGUUUCGCUUAUCGAUCUUGCUGACGCAACCGGCGUAGAUUUGUACCACGUAGAGAAACAGACUCAACGUAUAGUAUCCAAUGACGCGUCGCUUACGUUGAUUAACGGCGAAGUGAUAUCAACGUCUUAUUGGGACACGGUGGCAGAGGAAAUCAACGACAGGCUUCAGGAAUGCAGUCAAAUUGCGCUGGCUGAAAUCGCGGCGCAACUUCAAGUCGGUUCCGAGUUGAUUGCAACCGUGUUAGAGCCGCGACUCGGGACUUUGGUGAAAGGUAGGCUGGAAGGUGGGCAAUUGUAUACUCCUGCUUAUGUUUCGCGUGUUAAUGCAAUGGUUUGUGGGGCUUCAAGGGGUAUUACUGUCCCGACCAAUUUGUCAGCAGUGUGGAGCUCGUUGCAGAUGUUGUUACAAGAAAUGGAUGGAGCCAGUGGCGUGGCUGUUGAAAGUUCGUUCUUUCAAACAUUGUUCAACGGUUUGGUGAAGGACGGCGAGAUUCUUGGAUCACUUCGUGCAGGAGUUCACUGGACGCCUGCAGUCUUUGCGAUUGCUCAAAAGGAAUCUGUAGAUUCUUUCUUUUCACAGAAUUCUUUUGUUAGCUAUGAAUUUCUGCACAAACUUGGAAUACCCCAGCCCAUUCAAUACCUGCAGUCCAGAUACCCUGAAGGUAUUCCACUAGAAUCUAUAUUUGUUCAUCCAUCAAUGAUUGAGAUGUUGGAUGCGGCUGCCGAGGAUGCCAUAGAACGCAAUAGCUGGAUUGAUUCCCUUUCAGUUUUACCAGCAUCCUUUGCAUCCCAAGAUGCAUCUAGGAUUCUGUCCCUUUGUCGAUCAGUUCAGGUGGCCGUGAAGUCUAAUAAAGCACUCAUCUUGGGAGAAUCAUAUGUUUUCGGCAUGGGAUUUGUCAAGGAUUUGUUUGAUCGCAUGGAGAAGGAGACAGAAAUCUGCAAUAUUUCUGGGUUUUCUGGUAUUGUGCGUGAUGAUCUACAUGCAGCUGAAGAAGCUAAAACUGGAAAGGAAACGAGUAGCACCCUAGCUGAGUCCAAUGAAAUUGUUAAUGUCAGUAGUACUAAUAAACAAGGUUUUGAGAAGGGUUCAAAAAAGAGAAAGGGAAAAUCAGCAGGUAAGACAGGGCCUGCUGAAACUGGUCCAGAUACCCAAGAGCCCACCAUCCCUUCUAAAUCUAAAAAGAAUCAGAGAAAAGGAAAGGAUACUGCUGCUUUUCAAGUGUCGGAUGCAAAGUCAGGUGUCAAGAAAGAAUCGGAUAGGACGAAGGAGGACAACCUUUUUGUCUCAGAAGAAUGGCUAAUUGAGAAGAUCAUGUCACUAUUCCCUGAAUUUGAUGAACAAGGUAUGGAUGAUCCUGAGACAAUUCUUAGACCUCUGGCGAAUCAUGUGAGACCAAUGCUGCUAAAUUCAUGGAAGGAAAGAAGAAAGGUGGCAUUCACUGAUAAUGCACAGAGAAUGAAGCGAGUACUUGAUAAUUUACAAAGAAAAAUCGAUGAGUCUUUCUUGAAUAUGCAGCUAUAUGAAAAAGCACUAGAUCUGUUUGAAGAUGACCAAUCAACCUCAGUUAUACUGCACAGACAUUUGUUGAGAACCACAGCUACCUCUAUUGCGGACACAGUAUUACUUAACCUGGACAUACAUGACAAGAUAAAGAAUGGAAUUGAAGUUGAAGAAUCUCAAAAUCCAGAAUCCAAAUCACUAAGUUCUGGAGAGAGAAUAGCUUUUGCAAAGAGCUUACCAGGACUUCUUUCAGUUAAGGCUGUUGCACUUGUUGAAUCUUUGGAAGGGAAGAGUGUGGAAUCAUUUGUGACUGCAUUCAGAGCAAUGGCAGAGGAGAGUGGGUUAACUUUGAAAAAGCUUGAUAAGAAAUUAGAAAGAACGCUUCUGCACUCUUAUCGUAAGGACUUGAUUUCCCAAGUUUCUGCUGAAGUUGACCCAGUUCCACUUCUGCCAAAAGUUGUAUCCCUACUGUACAUACAGGUUCAUAAUAAAGCUCUUCAAGCCCCAGGGAGGGCCAUUUCUGUUGCUGUUUCUCGAUUGAAGGAGAAAUUAGAUGAUUCGGCGUACAAGAUCCUAAUGGAUUAUCAUACUGCAACUGUGGCCCUUUUAGCACUCAUGUCUGCUGCAACUGGUGAUGAUGAGGACUGUACAUCUGAUAGAGUUUUGACGAAAAAGGAGCUGCUGGAAGGUCUAAUGCCAGAGCUUAAAGGCUUGGUCAUGAGCUCCUCGCAAUCUUAAAUUCAAGCUUAGAUUUGGCAUUCCCAAAAUUUCGUUUUGAGAGCAGAAUAACUCUUCAACCUUACCCCUGUUUGGUAUACCUUUCAUUUAAGCUGUAGAUUCUUUCCACCCCACUCUGAUGAUCCAAUUCCUUUAGGCCCUUACUCGACCUGAUAAUUGUAGUUCCAUGCUGUCAGAAAAAAUGGAUAGUCUACAUUCAAAAUCAACUAGUCCUCAUUUUUUUUUUUUAAAAGAAGCAUGUUUUGAAAUUACAUGAAUACUAUUAUCAGAUCUUUAGUUUUUUCCAUGAAUAAUCCACAUGAGUGUUAAAAAUGGAUGGAUCAGAUCAUCGAAGUGAAGUGAAGUCAGUAGACGGCCAAUGGGUCAACAAUCCAGCGCUCUAUAAGAGGUGGAGAGAAGCUGAACUAUAUACUAUUUUUCUGGUUCCUUCCCGAUGAAAGUUUGUAGAAAACAGAAGAUAGGUGACUCUUGCAGAUCCCUGGAACAAAUUGUAAUGGCCUACAUCUCAGGACACUGGCAACUUGCACAUGAAAAUAUGGCCUCUGCGCGAGAAGUGAUUCUCGAAUGCUACUGAUUCUUCGGUAUGGUUACUGCCAGUAACUUACUGGUCAACUAGCAGUAUGUAGUACCUUUUAUGCUGAUUACAUUUCCUUUGAUGGUUGGAUAUGUUUGUUGCCGUUCUUAAUACUUGUAUGACAUGCAAGAACUGACUGAAGAUUAAACGAACAAAGGUUGUGUAACGUUCAAGCCAUAAUGAAGGCUCUCAUUUGAAAUUUCCUGUUUUAUGGUAGCACAAAUCAAUCAAUCAUA